UUCACAGGAGGGUGCUCAACCCACUGAGCCACAACUACCAGGGCUUGGCCAUUUCUGAUGAAAGAAUGAAAUUAAUAUUUUUGUGUCUUUGUAAAGAGGAUGCAGACCCUCUGGUGAGGAGAAGGGAUUGGGAAUGGCGCUCUGGACUAUUCAACCAGUAAAUAAAUAUGAACAACUAAGUGUAGGUACGGUGUGAGCACUUGUGUAAAGACUGGCAACAGGAAAUGCCCAUAUUCAAACCCAACGUUAUCUAACCAACACACCACUCAACUUUGUCAUCCAUCAGGAAACGAAGCAGAGGUCACUGUUUUCAUCUGUGCCCCCCACCACCACCCACCCAUGAUAGGUGGCCUCCUCCUCCUAGGUCUACACCCAAGAGAAACGAAAACUUACAUCCACACAGAAACUGGAACACAAGUAUUCAUAAACAGCCCAGGAUGGAAGAACUCAAAUGUUCAACAACCAGUGGAGGGCUGAACAAAAACAUGGUGCUAAUACAUCCACACAAAGGGAUGAUAUUUGGCAAUAAAAGGAGUGAAGUACAGGCACAGUCUACAACCGGAUGAACCGUGAAAACAUUGUGUUAAGUGAAAGAAGCCGGACACACAGGGGCACGUAUGGCAUGAUCCCGUGUGUGUGAAAUGGAAUGGGCAGAUCCAUAGAGGCGGCAGACAGACUGGUGGUUACUUAGGGCUGUGUGGGAGGAAUGGGGAGGGACACAAAGCUGUUAAAAUAUACAUGGUAAUAUAUAUGCUGUAUAAGUCUGAUAUAAAAAAUAGGCAGUCAGUCUCUAGCUCUUUUCAGUAUUAAAAAAAUAGCAUAUAGGUAAGGCUUACCAAAUGUCACAUUUUACUUUUUGGUUAAAAGUGGGUGAAGUGAGCAUGGUGACCCUGGUUCAUACUACCAAUAAACUCUUCUCAGUAAAGAGCGUUUACUCUGUUCCAGGCACUGCACUAAGCACUUCACACACACCAGCUUGUGGAACCCUGUAGGAGCCCGAAGGUGCAGUUUUUUGCCCCCACGUAUUAAGUGAGGAGAUCGAGUCUGGGAGAGCGGAACAAGCUGCUCACUGUUGCAGCUUCUAAGUGGCAGCGCCAGGGUUUUAAUCAAGUCUGUCCACCAACUGCCUCCUCACAUCGUGUGCAUCAGAAAUUCUGUGUGGAGCUUAAUCUCUUCAUUUGUUCAACUGAUAAUUAAGAGUCAUCAACGGCAGGGCCAGAGGACUUGUCACUCACCCCCAAGCUACUCCUCUGUGCUUGCUGCUAAGAUAUAAUGUGUAUUUAACUCAAUUGAAGAGGGAACCCAUAGACAUCAAAACCAGUUCAAGUGGGAAUCUGAUGUACAGAGAUUCAUAUUCUCUGCUGACCAGAUGCAUUUGGCUCACUGUAAAGGGAUCGCUGGUGCUGGCAGACCAGCCUUUGUAGAGAGAAUUCUGUUGCCACCACAUCCUCUCUGUCUACUGCCCUGGCCUCCUCAUUCACAGCAUAAGCAAGCACUACGGUGGCUGGGUAAAGAAGCUCUCUGACAUUCACAGAGCACAGAAUUUUGUCCCCUCUGUAGUGGCUUACUGUGGGGGCAUGCAAUGGAGCACAAAUACUUCAGUCUGUGUCCACUCAGAGUGGCCCAGACACAUACCUCUCUUUCUAAGAUUUCCUGGUGACCACUCUUCCAAUCUUGUUUCUUUCAAGGCCCUGGCAAUCCAGCCAAAUCAUCAGUGACUGCCCAGAAAUCGAUGUAGGUCUGCCUGUGCUCUGGCCAUUUCGUACCCCAGACAUAGUGGACCGUCCCGUGUGGCUUGAAUAUCAGCCCAAAGGGUGGAUUUUCUUUCACCACCCUGUCCAUUCACAGUCACUCCUGAGUGGGGCUGUGAUGUCAUAGCUGUCCACUUGCAUGUGGUACCAGCAUAUUACAUAGGCCCAUCUGUAAUCCAGGCUUGAGUUUCUUUCCCUCAGUCACCUGGCCAGAAGCAAAUCCCUAGAGGCCAUAGGUGUGGAGUGAGGGAAGAGGCAAAGCUUGUGCCGUUGAUUGCACCCAGUGGACUCUCCCGAGUUCAGUCUCUUACACCAUCUCCACUUGAUGAGAGAUCUCUGCUGUGCACGCCCAACCUGACGACUAGGUGGGUCUGACAACAUCCAUGUCACGAUGGCAACUCAAGGUGCAUAGUGACCUGAUGCCCCUUGGCUAGGCAUUCAGCCUCUACCAAGGCCCAGGAACAAGCCAGAACCUGCUUUUCAAAAGGAAAAUAUUUAUCUGCAGAAGAAGACAUAAAUUUGCUUCUAAAUCCUAAAGGUCUACACUGUAAUUCUGCUAUUGGUGUUUGCCAGAGGCUCCACACAGCACCCCUGUUUGACACAAGUGUCACUGGAUGUGUUGGAUCGUAAGGCCCAAGUGGCAGAGCAGUUUAUACCGCAUCCUGAAUGUUCUGCAGAGCCUCCCCUUGUUCUGCUCCCCAAACCACCUGCCUAUAGAUGGGUUGCAUCGCACACUCAGAUGCAGUGUGUGUUGCCUGCGAAAUCCAGGUAGGUUGCCUGACCUACCAAGCAUUGUGCCUCUUUUUUCUUGUAGAUGGUGCAAGAUGAAGCAACUCCUCUUUUACCCUAGGUGGGAUAUUUCAACAUGCUUGGACCACUGGACCCCUAGAAAUUUCACUGCUGGUACCAAUUCUGUAUCAGGCUGUGUCCAACUAGGAGAAAUAAGCCAUAGAGGAAUGUGAACAGACGAGGAUUCAAAUAAGUACUAACUAUAACAGGGGAUUGGAGUAAUGAAGUAUUGGCCAGUAAAAAGUAAAGAGAACUCUAAACAAUGUGAGAAUGGUAGCAAUCAGAAGCAGCCAUUAACCUAGAGUUGAGUAUGCCCUCAGCUUCUUCUGUUAUAUUAUGGCCAUAAUUAAACUCCACUGUGGUGUUCUGUGUCUUUGUCCCAUCACCAGACUGUAGGGUCCUUGAAAGCAGGGACCACAUGUCUUGUUCUCCGUUACAUCUUCAGUGCUAGGAGAACCCCCAGGGGCUCUGAAUAAAUAUGAGUGAAUGAAUGCCACCAAUAUAUUGGCAUUCGAACAGCCCACAGAGAAUUAUCCUGCCGCAUAUACCAGACCCAAAGAAAGGAUCUUCCACACACAAUUCCGAGUUACUGAUCAUCCUCCCACGUGAGCCGCCAAUGAAGGCUGUGAGUGGCUUUUGUCAACCUCUCCUUAAUAGAAGACAAAUGUCUGGCCCAACUUUCCACACUGUCCCCUCCAGGUUCUUAGGCCCCAGGCCGGGAGCUAAACAAUAACCCUCGAAGAGUCUCACUCUGCCCCUGAUUGCUACGUGAACACCAGCACAAGGCUGAGCCUCGUUUUUGGCACCCGCACAGGUGCUGUUGGGAUUCGCGUGAAAGGCUCCUCUCCCGACCUGCAAAACCCUACUGCCCCGGCGGGGCGGGGCCGGUAGCCCCUCCCCGGGGAGAGUUGCAGCCUAAAAAGCGGGCCCUAGGCAGGACCCCCGGCAGAGGCCGAGCUAUGGGGGACGAGUUGAGGCAGCGCACCGAGCAGCUGCUGGCCGACUACCUGGGAUACUGCGCCCGGGUGCCCGGCACCGCCGGGCGGCGGCCGUCCACGCCCGAGGCCGCCUUGCUGCGCUGCUUGGCCCUGCGGUUACGGCUGCGUUACCACCUCAGUAGGUCCCGCUACCGCGGGUAUCAGGGAAACCGCCUGCAGGUGGUGGCGAAUGUGGCACAGAAGAUGGUCCGACAAAGCGGAUUCCCCAGCUGGGGCAAGGUGGUGGCGCUCGUGACUUUCGCGGGGAUCCUGCUGGAGAGACCGCCGGCAAGGCACGCGUGGGAACUGAAGGAGUGGGAGGCAGACGUUGGCCCGGACUGCCGGAGGCUGGUGGCCUUUCUGUGCGAUUGGCUCACCGUGGAGCACCGCGCCUGGCUGGAGGCACACAGCGGCUGGGACGGCUUCUGUCGCUUCUUCGCAUCCAGAAUGAUCUUUCCUUGGAGUUCACUGCUGGUCCGGGUUCUUCUCUCAUGCUUUAUAUCAACAAUAUUAAACUAUAUGUGGACAAAAUUAUUGUGAGUUCCCAAAUUUUUAACCCACAUCUACCUGCCUAAUGGUGACCAGCCAAGUAAAUUUGGGAUGCUAAAGAACAGAACAGAGUAAAGACCCUUCUGGGACAUUUUUACCUGCAUUUCUAUCAGGAGUCCUGUGGUGAUGAUUCAGCAAGCAUUUUAACUCCUGACAAAAAUUCACAGUGUUGAGACAGAGGCACCUGAGUGGCUCUUUUCUGCCUAGAGAAAAUGGGAAUCUAAAGGCUUACUGCUUCAAAGAAUUGUAAAGUGCAUUUCAUUAAAUGGGAAACCUGGUGCUACACGUAGAUAAACAUGAACAAGACACUCUCAUCUAUCCACAGUUUCAAUGCUACUGCUGACUAAUUUAUCAAGGCAAUGGGCCAGGGGUGAAAUGGUAUCAGAAGUGCUCUGAGUACCAGUCUAACAAAGGACGUAACAUUAAUACCUUUUACAAGGAUUCUUACUAAAGCCUUUGAAACUGAAUUCCUGGGACUUCUUGGGUUUCUAGAGUUAAUUAAGAACUUAUAUUUUUUACUUCAAUAAAUUGGUAAAUGUCUUCAA